AGUUGUUAUUCAAAUACGUACCUGCUAACAUUAAAAAAGUGUCGAGAGAAAAUUAGUUUAAAAAUUUAAAUUUUAAAAUAAAAAUUAUUUUUUGUUUAAAUAAAUAGUGUGUAUUUAUUACAAACACAAAGUUUUUAUUCAAACAUAAAUUUGUAUAGAAAAAUUAUUAAUAUAAAAAAGUCAAUAUGCCAAAAAUACCCACUUUACAUUAUGCAUUAUUCAGUCCACCAGCUCGCGCUUGUAUGUUAACUGCAAAAUUAAUUGAUUUAGAAUUAGAUUUAAAGUUUGUUGACUUUUCUAAAAAGGAACAUUUAUCUGUAGAAUUCAUUAAGUUGAACCCUCAACAUCAAAUUCCAGUUUUGGUAGAUGAUGGAGAAGUUAUUUGGGACAGUCAUGCUAUAAUGUGCUACAUGGUAUCGAAGUGGGCCAAAGAUGAUAAAUUAUAUCCAAAGGAUUUAGUAACCAGGGCACGUGUUGAUCAAAGGCUUCAUUUUGAAAGUGGUGUACUAUUUCAAAUUAUAAAAGAUAUGGUGGCACGUAUAAUUUAUGGAAAUGAAACUGAAAUUAAUCCUAAAACAAUUGAAAAUGCACACACAGCAUAUGAUUUAAUGGAAAAAUUUCUUAAUGGUCAUGAAUUUUUUGUUGGAAAUCAUUUAACAAUAGCUGAUAUAUCAAUUCAUACAACACUUUUAACGCUAAACAAAUUAAUUCCUGUAGUAAGACCUAGAUUUCAACAGACAUCUAUGUGGUUGUCAUACGUGAGUAGAAUACUACCAGAAAAUAAGGAAAUUAAUGAAGCAGGUGCUGAACAGUUGUAUUUAAGGAUUUUAUCAUGUUUAAAUGAAAAUAGGAAAAAAGUAGGAUUAGCUGAGAUACAACCAGAAGAGAAAUUUCCACAUGAAAUUGAAAGAAAUUUAGGACCAUUACUAAAUCGUCCAGCUGAGGAACAUAUAAGUAAAAUUCUGAAAUAUUGAAAAAAGUAUAAGGCACUAAUAAAGUAAACAAAUACGAGUACAUAAAAAAUUUCUAACAUUUUUAUAACAGUUAAUCAUCUGAAUUGUGAUUUUAAUAAAUUACAUACUUAUAUUUUAAAAUUUAUAUGAUGAAAUAAAAUUAUUAAAUACAUAUAUUUGAAGAUAACUGAUUAAUCAAAAAAUGUUUUUUCUUUGUUUUUAGAUAAACAGAUUUAUUUAUUUUAUUUUACGAAAGCCAUACGGAAUAUGUUAAGUUUUAUUUUUAUUUGCUUUUACUAAGAAUACACAAAAAAAAAGUAAAAAAUUAUGCAGGUAAAAAGAUUUUAAGGAUUUUAAAGGAUUUUAUUCGCUCUACAAUAUUGCAAAUCUUGAAAAAACAAUACCUUUGAACUAAAAAUCAAAAAGAACAAAUUGGAAUCUAAGAUCGCAACAAUUUUAAAUUUAUUACAACAUUACGAGUAAUACCACAUUAAUUUAUUUUGUUCAAUAUGAAAUAUGUUUAACAAAAAGAAAGAUAAAAGAAGGAAAAAUUCAAAGAAUAUACAUAUUUUAAAUUUGUAAAUUAACUUUAUUUUUCACACGAUUAAUACAAAUUAUAAUUUUAUUGCCGUUUUUGAAACAUUGAAUUCUUCACAAAUUUUUUUUAACAUAUCUUCUUUUUCUUUAUAAUUUAAGUUAUUGUGGAUUUACAAAUUUUUGAGUUUAUAAUUUUGAAAAAUAUUUUUUAUUAUUUAAAUAAUAAUCUUAGUUUUGAAUAAUUUAAAAAUUUCUCUUAUCCAUAUAAUAAAUUUUUCACACGUUUAUAUUUUUUGUUAUAAAAAAAAUCUCUCACAAUUCAUUCGUAUUGAUUCAUUCACAUUUAAAAAAAAUUUCGUUUGAUUUGUUCGAUAUUUUUUUCUUUUAUAGUUGAAAUAUUUUAUUUUGAAGAUAAAAUUUUUAAAGUAUAUAUUUGAUACAUGUAUUUAAUUAGUUUAAAAU